AUGGAGUCCAUGCUUAGCAAGGGUUACAUGGAGAAAGUUCCGGAUGGAGAGGCAAGAAGGGAUGACGGCAGAUUAUGGUAUCUUCCUCAUCAUGGUGUCAUGCAUCCACAGAAAAACAAGAUAAGGGUGGUGUAUGACUGCACAGCCGACUACAGAGGUGUCUCCCUUAAUAAACAGUUGUUACAGGGGCCGGAUCUGACAAACAGCCUAAUUGGUGUGUUGACUAGGUUCAGGCAGGAUCAGGUUGCCCUCAUGUCUGACAUUGAAGGCAUGUUUUCCCAAGACUUGGUGCCCAGAGACGACAGAGAUCUGCUGAGAUUGUUAUGGUGGGACAAUGAUGACAUCAAGAAACCCUUGACAGAGUACCGCAUGAAAGUACAUGUCUUUGGUGCGGUCUCUUCUCCUUCAUGUGCGAACUACGCUUUGAAGAAGACAGCAGGUGAUCAUGCAGGAAGUGAAGAAAUUGCGCACAUCAUCCAUCGCAAUUUCUAUGUCGAUGAUUGUUUGUGCUCAACCCCGACAGUGUCAAAGGCAGUCCAGCUUGUCAAAGGUUUGACUGAAACAUGCAGCAAGGGAGGAUUCCACCUCACAAAGUGGGUGAGCAACAAAAAGGAAGUCCAAGAGAUCAUCCCUAAAGAUGAAAGAGGCAGAAACUGGAAAGACUUGAACAUCGAUGGUGAGAAGUUGCCCGUUGAGAGAGCGCUUGGCAUGAUGUGGUCCAUUGAAGAUGAUGAGUUUGGAUACAAAAUUGAAAUGAGAGAUAGACCACCGACAAGAAGAGGUAUUUUAUCUACCGUCAGCUCUGUCUUCGACCCCUUGGGAUGUGUCUCAGCAGUUGUGCUUCCAGCCAAGCAAUUACUGCAAGCCGCAUGUCGGAUGAAGUUAGGAUGGGAUGAAGAAAUUCCACCAGAUCUGAGUAAGAAAUGGCAGAAUUGGCAGUUGGAACUCCCAAGACUGGCGGAGUUCAAGAUGGCAAGAUGCCUGAAGCCAGAUGGACUUGAAGAACCAAAGUCAGUCACCUUGCACCACUUUGCUGAUGCCAGUGAGCUGUGCUAUGGCACCAUAUCUUUCCUGAGAUUGGUGAAUGAUGGAGGCGAAGUCAAGUGUUCAUUCCUGAUGAGUAAAUCACGGGUCGCCCCACUCAAGCAGGUGACAAUUCCAAGAAUGGAGCUAACAGCAGCGACAGUAGCAGUGAGAGUUGACCAUAUGAUCAGGAAGGAUCUGGAGAUCGAAGUAGAUGACACCUUCUUCUGGACCAAUAGCAUGUCUGUGCUACGAUAUAUCAACAGUAGAACAAGCAGAUUUAAGACAUUCGUCGCCAAAAGGUUGGCAAUUAUCCUUGACGGCUCAUGUCCAACGCAGUGGCGUCACAUCGAAUCAGCACUCAAUCCUGCUGAUGUGUGUUCAAGGGGAAGGAGAGUUGAGCAAUUCCUUCAGAUGGAUGACUGGAAGAAUGGCCCAGGGUUCUUACUUCAGCCAGAAGAUGAGUGGCCCACAACAACAGAGCUCGGUGCAGUUGAAGUGGCAGAAGACUUGGAGGUUAAGAAGAAUGUUCUUGCCUGCACCAUCAAGCCAAGUGAGAUGGAGAAACAGGGCAUCGAUCGAAAAAUCGAGUACUACUCAGACUGGGUCCGACUGAAGAAGGCAGUUUGCUGGUUGCUAAGAUUCAGAAGAUGGUUGAAAGGCCAGCCCGAGUCCCAGAAAGCUGAACAAACUCUGCAGGGUGUACUAACUCUGGAAGAACUACAAGCAGCAGAGAAAAAAAAUGUUGCAGGAUGUUCAAAGCCAAGCAUAUGCAGAUGA